AUGGCUAAGAAGCUCAAUCCUACGCAGUUCACCAAAGCGGUCAUGCGCUCAUUCAUGAAGGACUCCGGUCUUGAGCCAACUCUUCUUGGAAAGCAUUUCCGUGUUCUUAAUGCCGUAGAAGGCAAAGUUGAAUUCGAGCUCGACAUCCAAAAGAGCCACACCAAUCGUCUACAAACCCUCCACGGCGGAACGCUCGCCAGUCUAGUUGAUCUCGGUGGCUCUCUCGUAGUUGCUUCAACAGGCCGCUUCGCCACCGGUGUCUCAACCGAUUUAAACGUCACUUAUCUGAGCCCCGGAGGCCGCCCGGGCGAUGUCCUGAAGGGAGUUGCUACGCUGGAUAAGAUCGGCAAGACUCUUGCGUUUACGCAGGUUACCUUUACGAAUAGUAAGGGGCAGCUUGCUGCGAGGGGAAGUCAUACGAAAUAUGUGACUGGAACCAUGGGUGAGGCCGGCCCCUAUGUUGCUCCUCCUGAGUUUUCGGAUGUCGAUUAG